GCUCCCAUCCGUCCGGAGCCAGGUUAUUGUUGCCAUGAGGACAGCGAAGCAACAGGGAAACUGAGCUGCAGCAAGGCGCUUGAAUAUAUUCAAGUAUGGGAGGAUGAAGCUAUCUUGUUAUAUGUCUGUCUUUUUCUCUCAGAUUGCAGGUUUCCUUUGGAUGUAUUUCUGAGCAACAGAGGUGGACCUGACAGACCAAAAACAAUUUACCCUACUCUUUGAAUUCUCCUCCCUUGUGUCAACAAUUUAAUCAGAAACAAAACUUGCAAACACGCUUUUUUUAUUUAUUUUUUUUUAAACCACAAAAAUGGAGCUAUCACAAUGACGAGCCCUCCAGGCUGAGGAGAAGACAGGCCAACAGAUGUUUGAAGGGAUUGCUGUCCACCAAUGGCUGUGCUGGGGAACUCUCUACCUCUUGGCAGCGGGGGUGGCAUUAUCAUCUGAAACACGCUGGCUGUGUCCAAAGUCCUGCCGCUGCGACGCCGUGCUGCUGGAGGUGAACUGCUCUGAUGGCCAAAUUACCACAGUGCCCAACGGUCUCCCACAAAACCCUAAACUGCUAAACCUAACACAUAAUAAGAUUAAGACGCUGGUGCACCAACAGUUCCAGACUUUUACACAACUUUUUGAGUUGGAUUUGAGUGACAAUAUUAUGGUAAUAAUUGAAGUGGAAGCCUUUCUCGGCUUGCAAAGUCUAAUAACCCUGCGUCUUGCCCGCAACCGCUUGAAGAUUAUAUCUGUCGGAGUGUUUGCUGGUUUGCCAAAACUGAAGUUACUGGACAUAAGCAGCAAUGAGAUCCUUGUUUUUCUAGAUUUUACUUUCCGUGACUUAACUGCCCUGCAGUUUAUUGAAGCAGUAGAUAAUGACUUAGUUUUUAUUUCUCAUCAAGCUUUUACUGGGUUAACCAGUCUGCAAGAGCUGCGCCUUGAUGGCUGCAACCUCACUGCUGUGCCAACAGAGGCACUGACACAGCUUGGGAGCCUGAAACGUCUUCAUUUUUACCGAAUGGGCGUCACCAUGCUGCCAAACUACUCUUUUCGUCACCUAGAGCGUCUGAAGGAACUUCUCAUUAGUCAUUGCAACUGGCUGGAGAACCUGUCAGGAAACAGUCUCUUUGGCCUAAAUCUUACAUCCCUUACCAUUAGACACUGUAACCUAAGUGUUGUCCCCUAUAUCUCUUUGCAUCAUCUUGUAUAUCUUGUAUACCUUGACCUUUCUUUUAACCCAAUCACCUACAUUCAUGAAAACCUGUUUGGAGACUUGCUCCGGCUCCAAGAGCUCCAUCUGGUGGGAGGAUCAUUGCUACGUAUCGAAAUCGGAGCAUUCAAGGGUUUGUCACAUUUCAAAUUGCUGAAUGUAUCUAGAAACUAUCUCACCACCCUUGAGGUAGGAGUUUUCCAUUCGGUGGAUGCCCUAAGAACUCUGGGACUUGAUAACAACCCACUAGCAUGCGACUGCCGUCUGCUGUGGGUGGUGCAGAGACGACCAUAUCUGGACUUCAAUGGAAAUCCACCAACUUGCACCACCUCCGUCCAGUUGCAGGGAUGGUAUUUUCUAGACUUUACUGAAGCUGAGGUCCCAGGCCUGCUCACUUGUCGGCAGCCUAGUAUUCUAAACCCUAAAACUCAAGGAGUGAGAGUAGAUCAAGGACACACGGUUGUGUUUUAUUGCAAUACAGAAGGUGACCCUCCGCCAUCUGUCACCUGGAUAAGUCCUCAGCUUAAACCUCUGUCACCUAUUGGCAGAAUACGCACUCUCUCUAAUGGCUCACUGGAGGUUCGCUAUGCUCAACCUCAAGACAGUGGUACUUAUCUCUGUGUGGCAUCUAAUGCGGCAGGAAAUGAUAGCCUGCUCGUCAGCCUUAAUGUCCGAGCCUUUUCAUCAUCUUCUAAAAAACCCUUUCAUCUUAAUGGUUGGUUUGCUUUUCCAUCUGCUUCUCCAGGUGUGAAUGGAAAUCAGAGUAUUCCAUUAGAUUUCAAGACGUUACUGGUAGCUGCAACCAUUGGAUUGAUUUCCUUUUUCAGCUCUGUGAGCGUUUGUUUCAUCUUCAUGUUUUUCUGGAGUAAGAGUAAAGGGCAAAUAAAGCACACAGCCACAAUAGCAUACGUGCCACGAAGCGCUGUGUCAAUUAGUAAUGGAGGGAAAGGCAACUAUAUAGAGACAAGCAGGUUCACCAUGAAACUAAUAUGAGUCAAAAAGUAAAAAUCCUGUUUUCACUUGCUUUGACCUAGUACAUUCAAAUAUAAAAUUGUGUUUUAAUUUCCAUUUCUAGAGAUAAUUAAUAUAAUUUUAAGGCAUGUAAACUUGUUUCCAGCAGAGGCUGACUGUUGAUUAAUUCAUAAAAACUAAAGCAUGUUAGCCUUUGUUGUGCAAUAGUUUAAAAAAAAGACAAGACACAUUGGAAAUUGUAAGUAGCCUAUAAGACCUUCUGGACAUUGAUACAAUUUAGGAACAGACAGUAUAACCUAGAUGUUGACAUCAUUAUGGCUUUGUUUACUUUUAUAGUGUCUCUUUUAUGAAAAUGAAGCUUCACUAUAGCAAAGCCUGAAAGUAAAACAACCAAAGUAAGCAAUAUUUAAUGAGCAUAAUGCAUGUACUAUGUAGAGAUGUAAAUUAUUCAGUUGAUUGUGUGUUGCCUUUGUUGAUGUUAAUAUAUAAACAAUUUCAGAACUUGUUUGUUUUGUCUAUUUGGUUUCUAAAGACCAGAUGAUAUGAUAGACUUUUUAAAUGAAAUAAGUAUGAUGGACCUCAGAUGGUAGCCGUAAGAUAAAAUGUAGUAUAGCAAUGUUAACCUUAUCUCUAUGUUAAUGUACACAUGACUUGCAUUUAUGUAGCAUGUCAUUUCUACUAUUUUAUUUUU